AUGGACAUAUUAGACAGUGGAAGUUAGCAGGAUGAAAGACGAGGUUUUUGAUUGUGUUUAAAGGAAUUGUUGAAGCCCGUGACAGAAGACGUGCCGAGAAAACAAACAUGGCGCUCGCAACGGAGAGCAGAUGAGCCGAAAGCUCGGUUUCCACACGCGGAUAAUUGGACUUGAAAGUACUUAGCAGGCUAUUGGAUCCCUCUGGCUAGCUCCAUAGAAUACAAUGAUCAGCCUGAGAGCUGCUUAGCUAGUUAGCUAGGAAAUAGCAGGCACGUUCACAGGCUAGGUACUGGACCCGAGGUGGUGGGGAAAGACCGGGGGGGAUGUCUGCGUGUUUAAUCCGGGAGCUGUUCGUCCCUUUUCGGGUUUUCAUCAGCUCUGUUCUGAAAGCACGAGAUGCUGGAGAUCUCAGGAUUGUGAAGAACUUGUGCUCCAGGUUUGCAUCAGCAGCUCUUUAGAUUAUUUUAUAUGCAUAUAAUUUCCAAAUUCUCUCCCUGAAUCAGGAUUAGUUCUCUGUAUAAAAGUCCAAACAGCAGUCACUUCAUUUGAAGGUUUUAAUCUGAACUUCUGUAGAUUCUCUUUGAAUGUUUCUAUUGAUCCAAGUGGUUUGUUGAAGACACCAAAACCCAAACCUGGUCUGAGGAACAAUUUGCAUGUGGACAUCUUUCGUGGAACGCUGUCAAAAGGUAAACCGAGAAGCAUGUGAUCAAGAGCGUGGCCGUCUGCAUCAGUCAAUGAGAAACGUCCGCUGUGGAAACCUUUGAGAAGUUGACGUACGCGAGGCCGUUGUGGGCAAUGGAAGUGUUCAAGCUUGGACUUUAGGGAAGGAGGGAUUGGAGCUACGCCGUGGUGGCAGAGCUGACAAAGAUGGGCUCUCAAGCACUACAGAUUUUGCGCCAGGGGGUGUGGGCUUCGCUGACCGGAGGCUGGUACGUCGACCCCCAUCAGAGCACCUUCUCCAACUGCUUUCACCUCUACCUCUGGAUAUUCCUUCUGGCCUUCCCUUUUCUUCUGUACAUGGCACUACCACCCACUGUAGUAGUAGCCGGGGUGUACUGCGCUGUGGUUGCCGUCUUCUUCAUUGCCAUAAAGGUGGUGAACUUUCGUCUGCAUUCGAUGUUUGAUCUUGGAGAGAUUGUGGAGAAGAGGCAGGCCUCGCUGACCACAGACCCUCAGAGAGUGGAGGAAGGGGACGAAGGCUCCGGAGCUAAUGAUAGCAGCCAACAUAGGGGCAGCGGUGUUGGUGUGGAAAUGACCGUGUUCAGAAAGGUGAACUCAACCCCUCCAGUGCGCUGCAGCUCCCAGCAUUCCCUGUUUGGUCUGAACCAGGUGUCGGAAUUUUUGCCACAACUUGAGGACCCUGGAGGCUCCAAGGACCUCAAAGAGCUGAUGCAAGAGCAGGGUGGCGAAGGUCUGACCUCCACACACAGAGAGGUUCUUCGACACAACUCUCAGGAUGCAAUCCGAGCCAGUGGUGUGGUUCAGUCCUGUUUUGCUGCAGCCAUUGCUGGGGAUUUCUCCAGUCUAAUGGGAGUGAGAGAAUUGAGGUCUGCAGGCUUUGGGAGCUUGCCCUUACAAGACUGUCCCUCCAUCCCCCCCUCACCAUCCAGCCAAGAGGAUGGAGAAGAGAAGGAACCAGCAGUGCCUUGCAGCAAUAUGCUGGAGCAGCCAGCUCAGCGAAGGCUAGCAGAGUCCCCUAUGAGUGGUUAUUCUCCACUCGGCCCUUCAGCAGAGUCCGAAAGCUUGGGCGAUGCCCCUCUGAGCCCUCUCAUCAAGAGUAGCUUGAGCGAAGAAUUGAGUGAGAAUCUGCUAGGCCUAGGUCUUGACCCAGUAACCUUUGGACCUGGAGCAGACAAACCAUGCAUCCACAGUGGCGUGGCACUGACAGCCGGCUCAACAGACAGCUGUGUGGCGACUGAUCGAGAGACUUUGAGCACAGUCAGCAGCUACCGCAGUGAGAAGACAGACUCUACCCAACUUGAAAGCCCAUCGCUGGGCCAACAACACCAGUUGGUCCCUGCCCCCUCCUCUGCAGUUCUGGGUAAGGGUUGUUUCCUGCAGCCAGAGGACCCCGCAUUCCUAGGUGGCAGCGACACAGAUGAUCUUUCAGACAGUGAACUGCUACGAUCUCCCUCCAAAGAACUCCACCCUAGUCAGGGCCUGGAUCGAACUCUGGUGGAGGGUGAGGAUGCCACGGCACAGCUCCCAUCCCUGCAAGAUUCAUCCCCUUCUAGCAGCAGUGGGCCCUCAGAGUCCUGCGAUCACGCUCGGAUUCUACCCAUGCCCCCUGUGCCCCCUCCACGCCAAGCUGGCUCUGUGCCCUCUGGUCUGGUGUGCUCGGAACCUGCCCUGGCCGUCACCUCUGCACCCUACUUGUUGGUUGAGCCGCCGUCUCUACAGGUUCAACAGCAGCAAGUGGUGAGGCCCAAAGACUUGAAACUUAUGCGGGCUGGGGGCAGCAUGGCCCAGCGCCCUGGGCGCAGGAAAGCACCUCGUAAACGCGGUGCUGCCGGCAGCAGCAGUUUUGACUGUGGCUCGUAUCGACGCCGUCAUCAUGGACGCAGCCAACGUAGAGACUGUGUGUAUGUGCCUGUGCGUAGCAGGCUAGGCGCCAAAGCUUACAGCGAAAGCCUGUUUGAGGACUCCAGUGAUGAGGACGAUGGAAGCGAUGCCAGCGCUGCUUCCAGCCUUGGCUCACAGCGACGCUUCAGUUCAGACGACGAGGAUGAGGAUGACUCAAGUUCGUCUACCUCCUGCUAUUCCCCAGAUCCUGGAAUUGCCUCUCAACCUGUACCUGUUUCACAUCUGCCUAGCUCCAAUGAGGGUAAAGAGGCAGCUGCUGUAGGCCCUCCACACACUCGCAGUGCCCAGCGCUCAGCCAGUACGGCCAGUGCCAAGACUCAUGCCAGGGUGCUCAGCAUGGAUGGAGCGGGUGGAGGCCACACCAGCACAGGAACUCUGGCGUCCACCAUUUUGCCGUUAGCAGCUGCUUCCACUCCAGCUCCGCGUCCGCUUACCAUGUCAAAGUCUGACCUGGAAGCUCGUACUGGACACUCAGAGGUUUUCCCCAGGCCUCAUAGGCUCGAUUCCCUGGGAGGCUCGUGGGCUGGUAACCAGACUGGAUGGCGGGCAGGAGAACUGCUUGAAGAAGGUGCUGUGGGAGGAGCUUUGGGCUCUGAGGAAGGAAAUAAACGCGACUCUGUAAGUAAUGUCAAGAGGACACAGGCCAUCCGCAGAAGACAUAAUGCAGGCAGUAACCCCACUCCACCCCCGUCCACCAUGGGUUCCCCACCCAGUCUCCAAGAUCUUCAACGGGCCCGUGCCUCCUCUCAUUCUCGUUCACGCGCCCUCCCCACAGCGCUACAGUUUGCCUCGUCCCUGUUGCUCCCACGGAGUGGAGUUCACGAAGCCUCCACAUUUGACGACACCUCUGAGGGAGCCGUGCACUACUUUUACGAUGAGAGUGGUAUAAAAAGGUCCUACACCUUUGGACCUGCUGGAGGAGGCUAUGAGGACCCAGUGCAGGAGCGUGAGAGACAGUCCCAGUCCUCCAGCUUUACCUCUACUGAUGUGCAGGAGGUGCCUCCAACAUUGUCCAUGCUGCAGCCUAGACCUGUGGUUCUCCAGGGCAUGCAGGUGCGUAGGGUGCCCUUGGAGAUGCCCGAGUUUGACCUGGAUCAUGAGUCUCUGCAGGAGUCUCAGGAAAACACCCUGAUGAUCGAGGAGAAAGCCAAGCCAAAACAAUACUACAAGUUCUGGGUGCUGCCAGGAAAGUGGCUUAGAGUGCGCUAUGACCGGCUGGCCCUUCUGGCCUUAUUGGAUAGGAAUCGACGUGUCGGUGAGAAUGUGUUUGCGGUGGUGUUGGCCAGUCUCGUGGCCUUUCUUGGCUUCUUGCUGCUGCUGCACGGCUUCUUCAGGGACAUCUGGGUCUUCCAGUUCUGCCUAGUCAUCGCCAGCUGCCAAUACUCCUUAUUAAAGAGCGUGCAGCCUGACGCAGCCUCCCCAAUGCAUGGCCAUAACUGGAUCAUCGUGUACAGCCGGCCGGUGUAUUUCUGCUUGUGCUGUAUGCUGAUCUGGGUCUUCGACCUUGUCGGCCAUUCCAGCAACCUGCAGCCUUUCUCGCUUUAUGGAGUCACUUUCUUCUCUGCCCAUUUCCUGCUGUGUGCCAGGGACAUGCUCAUAGUUUUCACACUGUGUUUUCCAGUCAUCUUUCUCUUCGGACUUCUACCUCAGGUUAACACCUUUCUUAUGUGUUUGCUGGAGCAGGUUGACAUGCACAUGUUUGGAGGAACUGCUACAACAAGCCCCCUGUCCUCACUCUACAGUCUGUUACGCAGUGUCUUAGUAGCAGCUCUGGUUUAUGGCUUUUGCCUUGGUGCUAUCAAUGCCCCAUGGGGUGAGGCUCAUGUUCCAGUGCUCUUCUCUGUAUUCUGUGGCCUCCUCCUCGCCUUAUCAUACCACUUAAGCAGACAAAGCAGUGAUCCUACCGUCUUGUGGACUUUGGUCCGUUCCAAAUUCUUUCCGGAGCUGGAAAGCAGGACUCCCGAGGAGCCCCCACUAGAGAUCAAGGACCCACUGCCAGAGAAAUUACGCAACUCCGUGAAGGAGAUUUUACACUCUGACCUGGUCAUGUGUCCACUCAUGGCCAUUAUCAGCUUUGCCAUCAGUGCCAGUACUGUCUUCAUUGCUCUGCAGCCUGCUCUCAGUUUUGUUCUGUAUAUUCUGGCUGGAGUGGUUGGCUUCCUUACGCACUACUUGCUGCCUCAGUUUCGCAAACAGCUGCCCUGGUUCUGCCUGGCCCACCCUGUGCUACGUUCUCGCGAGUACAGCCAGUUUGAGGUUCGGGAUGCAGCUCAGCUAAUGUGGUUUGAGAAGCUCUAUGCUUGGCUCCAGUGUGUAGAGAAGUACUUCAUCUACCCUGCUGUGGUGCUCAACUCCCUGACCACAGAGGCCCACACCAUUAGCCAGAACCCCGACAAGCCUGGAACAUAUGGCCGAGCUCUGUUCAUCUCCAUGGCUGGAAUGAAGCUGCUCCGCUCAUCCUUUUGCACACCCUCUCAACAAUACGUCACACUCUGCUUCACCGUCCUCUUCUUCCAGUUCGACUAUCCACGCUUCUCUGAAACGUUCCUGCUCGACUACUACUUCAUGUCCAUCCUCUUCAGCAAGCUGUGGGACCUACUGUAUAAGCUGCGCUUUGUGCUGACCUACAUUGCGCCAUGGCAGAUUACUUGGGGCUCUGCGUUUCAUGCCUUUGCCCAGCCAUUUGCUGUGCCUCACUCGGCCAUGUUGUUUGUACAGGCUCUGUUCUCUGCCCUCUUCUCCACUCCCCUCAAUCCUGUACUGGGCAGCGCCGUCUUUGUCACCUCCUACACUCGCCCUGUCAAGUUCUGGGAGCGGGAUUACAACACAAAAAGGGUGGAUCACUCUAAUACACGCCUGGCAACUCAGCUUGACCGCAACCCUGGUGCCGAUGACAACAACCUAAACUCCAUCUUUUAUGAGCACUUGACCCGCUCACUGCAGCAUUCUCUGUGUGGAGACUUGCUAUUGGGCCGCUGGGGCACCUACAGCACGGGGGACUGCUUCAUCCUUGCAUCGGACUACCUCAACGCUCUCGUGCACCUCGUCGAAAUCGGCAAUGGCCUUGUCACCUUCCAGCUCAGGGGCCUGGAGUUCAGAGGUACCUAUUGUCAGCAGCGAGAGGUGGAGGCCAUCACUGAGGGUGUGGAGGAAGAUGAGGGCUGCUGCUGUUGUGAGCCAGGCCACCUGCCUCACAUGUUGUCAUUUAACGCGGCCUUUGGCCAGCGCUGGCUCGCCUGGGAGGUCGCUGCUACCAAGUACGUUUUGGAAGGCUACAGCAUCAGUGACAACAAUGCCGCCUCAAUGCUGCAGGUGUUUGACCUGCGCAAGAUUCUGAUCACUUACUACGUCAAGAGCAUCAUCUACUAUGUUAGCCGCUCACCCAAACUGGAGGAGUGGCUGUCCAAUGAGACGGUGCAGGAGGCGUUAAGACCCUGUCUCAGUACCUCCUAUGUUGAUAGUGACCCCACGUUUAACCUGAAUAUUGAUGAAGACUACGACCACCGAGCCUCUGGCAUCACCCCGGCUGCCUUCUGCAUGGUCUAUCUGGAUUGGAUCCAGUACUGCAACAGUCGCAGACAGAAGCCCGUGGACAGUGAGAGAGACUCCCCUCUGGUCACGCUCUGUUUUGGGCUUUGCAUUCUGGGUCGCAGGGCUCUCGGUACAGCGUCCCACAGCAUGUCGGCCAGCCUGGAGCCGUUCCUCUAUGGCCUCCAUGCACUGUUCAAAGGCGAUUUCCGGAUCACGUCGCCACGUGAUGAGUGGGUGUUUGCCGACAUGGAUCUUUUAAACAGAGUAGUAGCGCCUGGUGUGCGCAUGUCCCUUAAACUCCACCAGGACCACUUUACGUCUCCGGACGAGUACGAGGAUCCAGCUGUGCUGUAUGAUGCCAUCACUGCUAAUGAAGAGAAGAUGCUGAUCUCUCAUGAAGGAGAUCCCGUUUGGCGCAGUGCCAUCCUGGCUAACAUGCCCUCACUCCUGGCUCUGCGCCAUGUCAUGGAUGAUGGCAGUGACGAGUACAAGAUUAUCAUGUUGAACAAGCGCUUCCUCAGCUUCCGAGUAAUAAAGGUGAACAGAGAAUGUGUGCGUGGACUCUGGGCUGGGCAGCAGCAGGAGCUGGUCUUCCUGCGAAACCGAAACCCUGAGCGUGGUAGCAUCCAGAACGCCAAGCAGGCACUGCGCAACAUGAUCAACUCGUCCUGCGAUCAGCCGAUUGGAUACCCCAUCUACGUCUCCCCCCUCACAACGUCAUACGCUGGAGGUCACAUCCAGCUCCGGUCUGUCUGGGGAGGGCCCAUAAGCCCCCACAACAUCUACACCUGGUUCAUCAGCAGCUGGGACAGGCUACAGAAGGGCUGCGGCGCAGGCUGCAACAGUGGGGGGAAUAUUGAAGACUCUGACUGUGGUGGUGGAACUUCCUCCAUCAGUAACAAUCCUGCAGUGUUUCCUCCUCAGAGCACAGCGCCCACUGUGUCUCAGUCCCACCUUACCACCGUCCAGCCAUCCAUGGGGACUGAUAAUCCUGUUGGACCGAGCUGGCCUGUCCAUUCUCAGCCUCUUCCCUUGACCCUGCUUAGCCAAUCAGAGGGCCGGAUGGACGCAGGCUUGGUAAACUCUCUCCAGCGCACUUCAUCCAUCCAGGGCCUCCUGGGUCAGCAUCUGUCCAGCUCACAGCUGUCCUUCAGCGCAUCUGUGGCUGGUCCACCCAUUGAGCGCUUUUGUCCAGGCAGCCUGCAGGACAGUGCCACUCACAGAGCCUCUCAACGGGGCAUCAGUAUGGGACUUGGCCAUGGAAGCGGCCUGCACUACGACGCCAUCUAUAGCAAGUGGAGUUUGUCUGGCAGAAAAGGCUUUAAUGGGCCAGCGGCGGCGGAAGGAGACGGAGGGUUGUCUCACUGCAUCCGCACUCAGGCUUUCCAGACUGUCCCACCCGCUCCACCCCCCGAGGUCAGCCCAACACUGGAUGCAGUGGCUGUUUCUAUGCCUGUGGAGACCACACCCCUUACGUCAGAUCCUCCCAGUUUACGGGAGGAGGCUACUGAACUGCCAUUACUUGAGCACCUGCGCUGAGCCUCUUUAAAGACUAACCUGCACAAAUAGGCCUUGACCAAGUGAAGCUGGGAUCCGGAGCUGGUCUCCUGGUGAAACCACACUCAUUCCAGCUGAUGAUGAAAGCUGAGAGCUUUUUUUUGUUACUUGAGGACAAGCUUGACCCUCAACCGCCUUUUAUUUUAGCGCUUUUGCAGUGGUUUAUUAUUCAAAGCAUUGUGUUGCUUAUUCUGUAUCGGAGCACACUAGCAAAAAAAAGUUUUCAGGUCACACCCCUGGAAGGCCAAGCUAUAAAUUAAGUUGUGAAUUUUUGAUCACUAUGAAAAUAGUUCUGAUCACUAUGUUGGCUUAUUAGCUCUGAGCUCUGAAGCCCAACCCCCACCC